AUGGGCUCGGAAGUAUUGCAAUUGUUCCCCAACGGUGGAUGGGAUGUCCACCACCACAUUUUCGAGCCCGUGCGGUUCUCCUACGCCUUAGAUCGCCAUCUCACGCCGCCCCCGGCCACCAUCAAAAACUACCUCGACUUCAAGCAAAAGCUCGGUCUCACCAACUCCGUUCUCACCCAUGGCCUCUCCUAUGGGGCCGACUGCUCUUCCCUAACGACCUUCACCUCCGACCUCGGCCCCGAAAACACGCGAGCCAUCGGUGUUAUCGACCCCAGCACCGUCACCCCCUCGCAGCUGCAAGCCAUGCAGCGGGCCGGUGUCCGCGGCAUCCGCGUGAAUCUGUACCGAUACAGUGCCAUGCACGACGUCGAGGCGCAGAAGACGGCGUUGCGCGAACACGCCCGGGCGUUAGGCUCGCACUGCGCAGGAUGGAGCAUGGCGUUCACGCACACCCAUCCGGAGUUCUGGAGCGAGUUGACCCCCGCAAUUGAGCGCGAGAUCGUGCCCACCGGGGUUAAGCUGGUCACGGAUCAUUUUGCACUGCUGAAGGGCGCGAGUAUGUUGGAAAACACUACUAGCGACGUGUCAAAGCAGGCUGGAUUCGCGGAGAUCGUGGAGCUAGUGAGGGCCGGGCAUCUUUUUAUUAAAAUCAGUGCGCCGUAUCGUGUUAGCAAGCAGGCUCCGGAUUACGCUGAUUUGAAGCCCCUGGUGCGUGCGUUCUUCGAUGCUAAUCCGCGGCAGGUUCUUUGGGGGAGUGAUUGGCCACAUACGCCGUUCUUGGAGGUUGAUGAUCUGGCGUGGUUGACGAGUUUGCGGUCGUGGUUGUCGGCUCGGGAAUGGCAUAUGUUGAUGGUGACGAAUCCGCAGAGUCUAUAUGAUUCGGAGUAG